AUGGCCAACAGAGAGACCCAUACCUCGCUGUCUCGGCACGGCACCCUGCAAUCAACGCAUGACUCCACCAGCUUGCGGACCAUGCUCGACGACGGUGACAGAUACGACGUGGCCGAUAUGUUAGAAAGCAACGAGGGCUCAGCAUCAAUCAAACCCGAUAGAUCUCCGAACGAGAAAGAAAGCCUAAUAGUCGGUUGGGAUGGCCCAGACGAUCCGGAAAUGCCCCAGAACUUUCCGACAUGGAGGAAGUGGGUGAUCACCAUAAUGCUAGGGAUGAUGACAGUCUGUGUUACUUUUGCCUCUUCGGUAUUCAGCACGGCAACAAAACAGACAGCGAAAAAGUUCCACGUCUCCGAUGAAGUCAUGGUGCUAGGUGUCAGUUUGUUUGUCCUCGGAUUCGCCUUUGGCCCUAUUAUCUUUGGCCCCUUGUCUGAACUGUGCGGUCGGAAGCGACCGAUGUUUGUGGGCAUGUUUGUCUUUGCAAUCUUCCAGAUCCCCGUCGCGGUAGCCCAAAACCUGCAAACUAUCUUCAUAUGUCGCUUUCUAGGUGGGAUUUUUGCCAGUGCUCCUCUUGCUAUUGUAUCCGGUAUCUUGGCCGACAUGUUCGAGCCCGUAGAGCGAGGGAUUGCAAUGGCGAUCUUCGCCGCGGCAACCUUCAUCGGCCCAGUCGCUGGACCAAUCGUCGGUGGGUUCGUAACAAUCUCCUACCUUGGCUGGCGAUGGACGGAGUACAUAACGGCUAUUUGGGCAUUUGCUAUCUCUGGCAUUGGGAUCCUGGUAGUACCCGAGACGUUCGAAGGGACGCUACUCACGAACCGCGCUAUACAACUGCGAAACAAAACAAAGAACUGGGCUCUCCACGCAAAACAAGAAGAGAAGAUAGUGCGUUAUCGAGAUAUCGCGGUACGUUAUAUCCUGCGUCCAUUCCAGAUGCUCGUGCAAGAGCCCAUUCUUGUGCUUAUUACCCUGUAUGUGGGUUUCAUUUAUGGGUUUCUGUACACUUGUUUCGUAGCCUACCCAAUCUCCUUCCAAGAAGAGCGUGGGUGGAAUGAUGGCGUUGGAGCAUUGCCGUUCAUCGGUAUCAUUUGUGGCGUCUUUUGCGCUUGUUUUAUAAUCGUUGCAUUUUCAUUGACAAGGUAUCGAGCGUUCAUACGCCGUUAUGGCCGAGUUCGACCAGAGGAGCGGUUAAUUCCUAUGAUGAUUGGAGGUGUCUUAUUGCCUGCGGGCAUGUUUUGGUUUGGAUGGACGUCAAAUCCUCAUAUUACUUGGGUUCCUGAGGCUAUAUCUGGAGGCUUCUUGGGUUGUGGGGUGCUAUUAAUCUUCUUACAGGGACUUAACUAUAUCAUCGACGUAUAUCCCUUGUAUGCCAACUCUGCCAUUGCAGCCAACUCCUUCUUUCGUUCAUGGCUGGGGGCUGGAUUUCCUAUGUUCGCGUCGCCAAUGUUUCACAACCUGGGCGUCCCUUGGGCGAUGACUUUGCUGGGUUGUCUUACUGCUGCGUUAUUCCCUGUGCCCAUAGUGUUUUUCAUCUAUGGGCCGAAGAUUCGGUCAUGGAGUAGGUUUACUGUGAACGAAGAAUGA